AUGGAGUCUAGGUUCCGGGAUACAAAUGAUGACAUCAAGGCUCUUAAGGCCCAAUUGCUAACAACCACUGGCAAUGCUCCUCCGACUGUACUUUAUAUUGAUGACCUCCCUGCAUAUAAUGCCAAAAAGGGGGAGAAAAUUAAGGAGUGGAUAAAGAAGGGGAUUGAUAAUGGGCUGUAUCUUGAUACAACAACAGGUGCAAUGCUCAGAGAUAUUCCUUUGCCAGAUGCUGAUGUUUGCAUUAAUGGCGAAUGGGUGUGGCCGGAGGCUUGGUUUACUCGGUUUCCGGGUUUGCUCGAUAUGCAGGUUCCGGAAUUAAAUGCAAAUGAUCAUGAUAGGUUGGUUUGGUGUACAAAUGGUGGUCGAAAAACUGAUUUUAGUACGUCAACGUCGUGGGAUGAUUUGAGGCAUUCGCAUAAUGAGGUUCAAUGGGCAAGUAGAGUCUGGUUUCCGCAAGCUAUACCUCACCACUCUUUUCUCUUAUGGCUGCUUGUUCUACGAAAAUUGAAAACCCAUGAUGUCAUGAGUCGAUGGAACUCGGGUAAUAUGAAUCUUAACCUGUUAUGUUGCUCGCUGUGUUCAAGGGGUCCUGACUCGCAUGAGCACUUGUUUUUUGAGUGUGAUGAAGCCAAGAACAUUUGGUAUGGGGUUCGGGGAAGAGCUGGCAUGGGCGCUAUUCAGAAUUCGUGGAAUGAUAUCUUUGAGUAUCUGUUAAGUAUAGCUAACUCAAAAAAGGCUGCAAAUGUCAUUGCGAAGCUGGUUGUUGGUGCAACAGUCUAUUUUGUUUGGGAGGAACGGAAUAGAAGACUAUUCACACCGAAAAGGAGAACAAAAGAACAACUUAUAGAGGUCGUCUUGUCUACGGUCCGAAUGAAGCCACACACUAUGAGGUUUCGGUAUUCUGUCCACACGGAGCAUGUUUUGCAGGAGUGGAGCUUACCCCGAGGGUUGCUAGUUGCGGAUGACGAUUGCGGCUGA